AUGUCCAGCUGGGACUUGCCACCAGAUUACCCCCUCAGCUCAGACUUUGUGAGGAGAUUAAAGUCUGCUCUGGCCACUGGGGACAAGGACAUGGUGCAGGAACUGAUCUGCACUGAAGCGGAGCCCGUGGACGCCGUGAUAGAGCUGGCUAAUGACGACUGGAUGAAGGAGCCCUCAGCUCAGUUGCCCACGGGUGCACUGCUAGGAGACCUGGACCAUAUUCGAUCCCUCAUGGACCAGUUCUUCCAGGAUGCCAACGUAGUGUUUGAGAUCAGUAAUGGAGAGAUGGAAUGGCAGGUGACAUCCUUGGCCACCUUUGGGCUCUCAGGCCUCUGGACCCUGGAGUACAAGCGGGAACUCACCACGCCGCUGUGCAUCGCUGCGGCCCACGGCCACGUGCUCUGCGUGAGACACCUUCUCGGUCGCAGCGCUGAUCCGGAUGCCAGCCCCGGAGGUCGUGGUGCCCUACACGAGGCCUGCCUCGGGGGGCAUACCGCCUGUGCCCAGCUGCUGUUGCAGCACGGGGCAGACCCAGAUCUGCUCAACGCAGAGGGCCUGGCACCCCUGCACCUGUGCCGCACGCCGGCCUCUCUGGGGUGCGCGCAGGCACUUCUGGAACACGGUGCGACAGUACAGCUGGAGUGCGGCCCUGGCCGGGACACACCGCUGCACGUGGCGGCCCAGCACGGCUUGGACGAGCACGCGCAACUCUACCUGGCCCGCGGCGCGCGCGUGGACGCGAGGAACGGCCGCGGCGAGACUGCCUUGAGCGCGGCGUGCGGAGCGGCGACGCGGAGCCCCGACGAACGGGCGCGCUGCCUGCGCCUGUGCGAGCUCCUGCUGCGCGGCGGCGCGGCGGCAGACACGCGCGACGAGGACGAGCGCAGCCCGCUACACAAGGCCUGCGGCCGCGCGCGCCCCAGUCUGUGCACGCUCCUGCUGCUGCACGGCGCCGACGCGGGCGCGCUCGACUACGGUGGCGCGUCGCCGCUGGCGCGCGCGCUGCAAACGACCACGUGCGCGCCCCCGGCAGCGCAACACCGCACGGUGCAAGCUCUGCUCAACUAUGGAUCCCCCUCGGUGUGGCCCGACGCCUUCCCCAAGGUGCUGAGGACCUGUGCACAGGUGCCCGCUGUCGUCGAAGUUUUGUUCAACUCCUACGCUCAACUGCGUGUUUCUGAGUCCUGGCUGGAGGUGGUUCCUGAAGAAGUAUUCCAGAAGCACGAGCCUUUCUACAGGUCCUUCUUCGCCUUGGCACACACCCCGCGCUGCCUGCAGCACCUCUGCCGCAGUACCAUCCGAAAACUCUUCGGCAAGAAGUGCUUCUACCUUGUGCCCUAUCUGCCCUUACCUGAGACCCUGCAAAAGUAUCUGCUUUUGGAGCCUGAGGGUGUUUUGCGUUGAAACCACAGCCCUGGCACCAGGGUUCUUCUCUGCUUCUUUGUCUUUCUGCGGAGGCCACUGUGUGCCAGGCACAGCACGCUGGGGGUGCACAUCCAGCCCCCUCCAUCUCUCAAGUGACCCAGGGAGGCACAGACUCACAGCCUUAAAUUCACUCUGAAAUGGAAUUGGAAAUAAAACCAUCUGUGUUAUUGGAGCUGGAGAGAUGAGCAGGCAGUUAAAAGCACUGUCUGCUGUUGCAGAGGACCUAGGUUCAAUUCCCAGCACUCACAACCAACCCUAACUCCAGUUCAGGGGAUCUAGGGCCCUCUUGGUGAUGUGGAAUUUCCCUC